UCUUGGAAGCAAUAUUUAGCAGUGCACAAACAUAUUAUGAAUUAUUUGGUAACUCAUAAAAAAAUUCCAAAAGAAAUUUUGGACGAAGUGGAUGAAUUUUUAAAUGCAUGCAAAAAACAAAUGACCGAUGAAAUGAUCAAAGAUGAAGCAUCAAAAUUAUCAUCCUAA